AUGGCCCCCAACGUAUUGCCAGGCGCGUACGGCGCCCUAUUCCUUUGGUUGGAACCAGUAUCGACAGUCGCCCCCGCUUUCUUGACUUGGUUCUUCCCGGGAGUUCGAUGGUUCCACCAUCAGCUUAUACCUUCAUCUGCGCCAGUACCUAGUAUCCUCGACGCCCGCUCCACUAUGGCCAUAUUUCAGCUAGUAAACUGUUACAUGCUCCUGGGGCUCCUCGAGUCCUUGGGCUUCCGAGCUGUGAAAGAUGCUCUUCCAGACAAUCCAAAGGCACAAGAACGUAUCAUCGGUGCAAGUCUAUUUGCCAUGGCUGUUGCAGAUGUAACUCACAUCAUGGCGAGCUUCAUAGGCUUGCCGGAUGAUCUCAAGUAUGACUUUGCCUCUUGGAAUCCAAUGACCCAUGGCAACAUCAGCUUUGUUGUCUUCCUACUGGGGAUGAGGAUUGCCUGGUUCGUGGGUGUGAGUCGGAAGACUUAUUACUAUGGAAAGCAUGCCACGAAAAUCGAGAAGGAUUCAAAAGCUUCAUAAGGCCCCGGCCCUUCUACAGAAGCAAUGUUUAUAUCCUCUGUGUGUGCUUUCACAUGCUCCAUGCUGUUUUUUGUGGGCUCAGUUGAAUAUAUGUUAUUUGAAUAUCAGUUU